CGUCAAAAAGGCUUGUUGCUGCUUACGAAACAGCACAAGAUGAGCUUCCCGAAGAAGCCGUGGGAGUCGGCGACGAACACUGCCCGACCGUCGCCCGCAGUGACAACGACGGCCUCCUCCCCCGCGUCCUCGGCAGCCGCCGUCGCUUCGUCGACUCGGAGCACGACCAUCGCGACGCCGGCGACCCAGGCCAUGACCGACGCCAGCGAUCCGUCCAUGGCCAACUCGAUGAACGCGGCCUACGGCGGUGGCGCGUACGGCAAUCGCUACGGCAGCGGCUAUGGCGCUGGCAUGGGCGCUGGCAUGGGCGGCUACGGCGGCGGCAUGAGCUCGUACGGCGGAAUGGGAUCGUACGGCGGCGGCUACGGCUCCUCGUACGGUGGCUACGGCGGGGGCAUGUACGGCAGCAGCAUGUACGGCGGCGGCGGUAUGUACGGUGGCGGCGGCAUGUACGGCGGCAACCCGAUGAUGGACCCCAACGGCAGCCUCGGCUGGCUCGCGAGCUUCAACCAAACGGUCGGCGCGAUCGGGCAAAUCACACAGCUUCUUGGCAUGAACGCCGAAGCACUCAACUUUUGUUUCGGCAACUUUGUGCAUUUCAUGGAACGCAUGGCGUUCAUGUGCACAAGCGCGGUCGCGAUGCUGGCGCCGCGACCGCCGUUCCCGCCGGGCCACCCCCGCUACGGUGAGCCGCCCGAGACGGACGAAGAGAUCAAGAGCCGCCUUCGCCGCGUCCGCGUCGUCAAGUUCCUCGUCUCGAUCCUCUCGCUCUACAUCCUCCACAAAGCCUACCAGAAGCUCAAGAUGGUGCUGUGGCAAACCAAAAGCAAUCAGCGCAAGGCGCUGCCGUUGGAUAGCAUCUACGCACGUAUCGCGCCUGCGACCAACUAAACUUUGUUUUAUUUGUUGUUGAAUUAUUUCGAAAUGUCACCCCAGGUUGUUUAUAGGGCGGUUGGUUCUACUCGUACAACAGCUUUGUUCGUGCUGCAUGCUAUCACUACUCCCUCAUGUCUCAUGGC